AUGUUACAGGAUUUAAUGAUCAUCCCAAAGACCGAUAUUCAUCAUGCAAAAGAACUCGGUAAUGCAGUUCCUACUUCUCCAUUCUUCUUCCUUAAACCAACCUCCUCUUACCUUUUAUCAGGUGAAAUAGAAAUACCUAAAGGUUGUGUUGUUCAUCACGAAGUUGAAUUAGGUGUGGUAAUUGGUAAAGACGGAAGAGAUAUUCGAAAAUCCGAAGCAAUGGAUUAUGUUGAAGGUUAUGCACUUGGUAUUGAUAUGACAGCGCGCAACCUCCAAGACGCAGCAAAGAAAAAAGGGUUACCGUGGAGUACAGCGAAAGGUUUUGAUACAUUUACUCCGAUCGGAGAAUUUAUUCCAAAAUCUGAAAUCAAAGAUCCUCAUAAUGUAAAUUUAUGGCUUAAGAUUCCUACAUUAAUUGAAUAUGUAAGCUCAAUCAUGACCCUAGAAAAGGGUGAUUUGAUUUUAACGGGAACACCUUCAGGUGUUGGACCUAUUCGUCCAGGUCAAGUUAUUACUGCAGGAUUAAAUGCUGAUAAUAAAAAUAUAUCUACAAUUAAAUUUUCUGUCGUGGAAAGAGUUGGAUUAUUUGAAUAUAAACCAUAA